CCGGAUAUGGUAACGCCGUUUUGUACAUAUCACUAUGAUGCACUUUGCGAAGAGCCUGAGAGGUGUUAAGAAGACUUUGAACAUUUCUCCUUUUCAACAGUUUGUAGACUGCCACCAAUUGAACAUGGGCAGCCUUCCGCCCGAAAACAGGUCCAUUCAUUCUGAUAAUAUUGAGGAAGUUCACAGCGUUCCAAUGAAUGUCAUCAUCCGACCCAUUCCGUCGGUUUUGGACGAGAACAAAGUUCAGAGUCUCAUGAACACAAUACAGGAAACGCUGGACAUGCGUACAGUUCCCCCCAUUGAUGUGCUGUGGAUAAAGGGGGAGAGGGGAGGAAACUACUUCUACUCGUUCGGAGGAUGUCACCGCUUCGCCGCCUACAAGAGGCUAAAUAUGGAAACUAUUCCAGCAAAAAUAAUCAAGUCAAACAUAUCCGACCUGCGCACGUACUUAGGCGCGUCCACACCAAACCUGCAGUGAGGUGAACUGUGACUGUUAAACGUCUGGGUACCGAAGAAAGAGCUUGUAGUCAACACCAGGACCACGUAUCAUUCCACGGACAUGAGCAUAGACUCUACGUUUAGUAGCCUGCAUAUAAAAAUAUAAUUUAUUUUUCAAGAAAGGACAUUAUUUUCAACUGACAGUGCUGUAAAGUCAAAUAUCCACUAGGUGAAGAUGUUACUCCACAACGUUUUCAGAUGUUUGUCAUGUUGUUAGGCCUACACUAAUUUCCAUAACUUUUAAUAUAUUUUAAAUUAUAAAAAAUCA